AUGGUGUUUUACGAGCUGCACAUACUGCUCUCGCGUCGGGUGGGGAGGGCAGAGUUACAGCAGCUGCUGCAGCAGCAACAGCAGAUCAUUGCGAAGCAUCACGGCAGCCUUUUGGAAGUAAGGGAUCUUGGAUUCAGAGAGACUGCCUUCAGAAUCAAGAAGGCGCGUGAAUCUCCCGCUUACUUUGGUCGAGUUGUCGCCAUCGCUUUUGGUGCGAAGCCGACAGCGGUUGCAGAACUGGAUGCUGCUCUACAGGCAACAGGAGGAGUCUUACGUCACACGACGCAGAAGCUUCGCUAUCGCAGCAAUUUCCUGACAUAUAAUUGCUACAAACAUCGCCCCGAGCUUCCAGCCCGUCAACCGACAAUGGCAGAGAAGGAGAGACAGACAGAGAGCGAGAGGGCAAGCAAGCGAGAUUGCGCUCCUGCCACGCCGCCUUCCCGCGUAUGCAGCAGCGGAGGUCAGGGGCCUUGUCAAUUGCUUUCUAACAAACCGAUUUGCACUGCCUCGUGUGGGCAACUCGAGUAG